UGGAAUAAAGUUUUAGUUUUUGAGAGGAAAAAGAAAGAAGAAAUGAAUGAUCUUGUUGAAUUUCAUUCUCAAGAUUUGCAUGCAGGGUUUGUAAAGGAACAACAACAAGAAAUUAUGGAUCAUACACAGAUCUGGCUUCAUGAUCAUCAACAACAACAUCAAAAUCAUCAAACUCAUCAAAAUUUUCUAUCUGAUAAUGAUGAUGAUGCUUUGAUGUUCUACUCAGAUUUCCCUCCACUUCCUGAUUUCCCAUGCAUGUCGUCGUCUUCGUCGUCGUCGUCAACUCCUGCUCCGGUUAAAGCCACGGCUUCGUCGUCAUCGUCAUCCUCGUCUUCCUCAGCCACUUCAUGGGCACUUUUGAAAUCAGAUGGUGAUGAAAUUACUGAAGAUGUCAAACCAAAUUAUGAUAAUAACAAAUUAUCAUCGCCGGUAGCAGAGAACGGGUUCGAUUGUACGGACGAGAUGAUGAUGGAGAGUUUUGGGUACAUGGAUUUACUCGAAGAUAGUAAUGAGUUUUUCGACCCAUCGUGUAUAUUCCAGAACGAAGAACAACAAGAACAACAAGAAGAAAAAGUUGUAGUUGUAGAAGAAGAAGAUCAAGAGGGUAAUUUAGAGGAUUUGCAAUUGGAGAGAUUUGAAGAAGUUGAAAUGGAGGAUUUGAUGAUGAUGCAUGGCGGUGAUGAGAGUAAGGAUAAUAGUAAUAAUAAUAUUAAUGUGGAGAAAUUAGAAAACGAUGUCGUUGAGGAGGAAGAUAUGGCUAAAGUGUUUUUGGAGUGGUUGAGGAGUAAUAGAGAAACGGUUUCUGCUGAUGAUUUGAGAAAUGUUAGGAUUAAAAAGGCCACAAUCGAAAGCGCCGCCCGCCGUCUCGGCGGCGGCAAGGAAGGAAUGAAGCAGCUUUUGAAGCUUGUUCUUCAAUGGGUUCAAACAAAUCAUCUCCACAAGAGGAAAUUCAGAGACCUCACUGUUGAAACUGAUGCCCAUUUCUUAGGGUUUCAAAACAACCCUAAUUCCUCAUCCAACCUCCCUUGGAUCCAAACCCCAUCCCCGUUACCGCCUCCACCUUUGUAUUCUCCAUCGAUGAUUGGGUAUGUUCCGGCAACGGGUGGAGAUGCGUAUGGUGCUGGACGGGGUUUUUCCGAUCAUUAUGGUCAGUUACUUGAUUCCUCCUUGUCCUGGAGUAAUAGUAGUAGUGGUAAUAAUAAUAAUAAUUUUUCGGGACAGUUUGGGCUACCCCCAUCGCAUUUCAAUUCGUAUGUUGAUAAUUUUGCGACGGGCCCCCCUCUGCCACCGCCGCAACCGCAAGGUUUUGCAGCGGGAUACGGUGGAGGGCGUCAGUUCCCUUAUAUGGGUCAGUAUUUCCAAGGGCAGGGUGGUGGUGGUGGUGGUGGUGGUGGUGGUGGCGGCGGCGGCGGCGGCGGUAGUGGUGGUGGUGGUGAGAAUGGUUUGGUUAGGUUGGAUUCAUCCGCAACGAAGGAGGCUCGGAAGAAGAGGAUGGCUAGACAGCGGCGAUUCUCGGUACACCAUCGCCACCAUGGUGGGCACCACGGGAAUGGCCACCAAAAUCAGCAUCCGACUCAGAUGAAUCCGAAUGCUUCAGAUCAUUGCAACAUGGCUACAACUGCUCAGCCCAAUGCCGGAAACUGGGUCUACUGGCCCUCCCCAACCGGUGCAGGAGCCUCUUCCACCACAUCGUCUGGUUUUCCAGUGGACUCAUCGCCUCUGCAUGCUGCUGAUCGCUCUAAUUCCUCACUGCAGAAUCAGAACUAUCCUCCACGAAUCCCAUCGGACCGGCGACAGGGAUGGAAACCAGAGAAGAAUUUGAAGUUUCUAUUACAGAAGGUUUUGAAGCAAAGUGAUGUGGGCAAUUUGGGAAGAAUUGUAUUGCCAAAGAAAGAAGCAGAAACCCAUCUCCCAGAACUGGAGGCAAGAGAUGGGAUUUCCAUUGCCAUGGAAGACAUCGGAACUUCAAGAGUUUGGAAUAUGCGUUAUAGGUAUUGGCCAAACAAUAAAAGCAGAAUGUAUCUCCUUGAAAAUACAGGGGACUUUGUAAGAGCCAAUGGACUUCAAGAAGGAGACUUCAUCGUCAUUUACUCCGACAUAAAGUGUGGAAAAUAUAUGAUUCGAGGAGUGAAAGUACGGCAACCAGGAUCGAAACCCGAGAGCAAAAGGCCGGGAAAAUCACAGAGAAGCCACACGACUGCAGCUGGCAAUGGGUCGUCACCUUCAGCAACAACCAUCGCGACCCCGAAGAGACACUAAAGAACGCAAGAGAGAGAAACCCAUUUUCUCUCCUCGUUUAAGGGAAGUGAAAUGCAACAAAUGUAGGGGUGGAUUUCGUCUAUUUCCAACAGCUUUUUUCUGAUUCUGUUAAAAGACAUUUAAGACUUGAAGGGGCAUUGGCCACUGCAUGAAGAACAGAGACAAAAGCAACCAUACGUAUAUAUAUAUAUAUAUAUAUAUGUGAGAAAUGAUGAAAGGUAAAAAGAGAGGAUUUUGCGUUAUUGUGAAGCCUUGUUUCUCUCUUUUUCUAUGGUCAGCAAAAUUAGAGCGAUAAAUGCGAUGAGAUAUGAAAUGAAAUGGAGAGGGAUAAUUGGAAUGUAUUUUGGUGUUUUUUUCUUUCUUUCUUUCUUUUUUUUUUACCAUUAUAGGCUUCGUUGGUAAUUAAGGUUUUUUCUUUUAGCUUUCAAUUUGUAACAUAUGCCAUAUUAUUGUUAAUUAUUAUGUGGCCUUGUAUACUUUAUGUGGCUUAGUAUGAACAAAUUAAAGAAAUAAUGCUAUUCGCUAGAAACAUUUGAUGUUUGA